AUGGCUGCUGACAUGGCCGAGCUCAUGGCCUUGCUCAAGGGCCCAAAUCGCGCCUCCUCGAGCUCUACUCCACCUCCGGGGUACAAGCCAACGGUCGACCUGAACCCUUGGGUCCUACCGACCCAUGCUCCGGAGAGUGACAAAGCGCUCGUAAUGCACGCACCGGCGGUCCACCUGGUCAAGAUUCCUCCGCCACCGGUGACGCUCCCGACGGCCGUUCCUCUCCCACCGUCGGACCCAGCUAUGUUAGCACUGCCGCCGAUGUCCAUACCAGCUCCGGCUCCAAUCUACGCAGCUCCUCCGCCAAUAGUCUUCCCGAUACCAAACACCCACGCUCCUGUUUAUACAUUCGAGCCUCUCCCAUUCCAAGCUCCACAACCCCAUAUCAGCUUCUUUUACCCAGCACCACCUCCCAUAAAUAUCCCUGUCUCUGAACCAAACACGCCAACUCAGGCGGCCUUCGCAGCUCCACCAACAAACUGUCUCCUAGAGACUGAAGCCGAGCAGGAGCAGUGA